AUGAGACUUUUGUUACUACUUCUUCUAUUCUUCAUAGUUUCUACAUGGAGUACUUUUAUGUGUAAGUUUUUUCUAAUUGAGAAAUUCCCUCAAUCACAAUAUUUUAGCUGGUUGUCAUCACACGAUUCAACAAGAAGAAGCUUUGAAGAAAAGAAAACAAGUCAGAAAAGAAUGUCAAAAGAAAUUCCCAAUUUUAAAGUUUCCAAAGCAAGGUCCUAUGUGUGAAGAUGUCGUAAUUAGCAAAGUUCCGUCAACUGAAAUUGAGUUGAGACAAGAAAAAUGUGUUCAAUAUUUUUCGCAAAAGCCAAACUUUGAACAUAUUGUUGAAAUGGAUGUUUAUGGGAUUUGUAUGAAUGUUUCGAUUGAAACAAUCAGACUACCAUGGGAAAAUGUAACUUUGGAAAAUUAUUGA